ACGGCAUCUUCGCUCGCACCCGCACAAUUGCCCAACACGUUAUCCGCACCAUGAUAAGAGCUCUUCCCAAGGCCUUUCAGUUCUCAUACGUGUCCGCCGUAUAUGCAGAAUAGGUUCUGAAAUUUCUUUCGAGCCACCAAUAGAGUAACCCCACACACCGCCUCCGUGAUCCAUUGCCCACCUGCAGUCCGUAAACAUGUGGGAAGUAGAUCCAGAGACCAAGACCAAGCUGCUGGAAAUUCAAAAGGAGAAUGACAACAAGAGCUGCGUCGACUGUGGCGCUCCCAGUCCACAAUGGGCGUCGCCCAAAUUCGGCAUCUUCAUGUGCCUCAAUUGCUCGGGCGUCCACCGCGGGCUCGGCGUGCACAUCUCCUUCAUUCGCAGCAUAACCAUGGACGCCUUCAAGGGCAAUGAGCUCGCACGCAUGGCCGCGGGAGGCAACCGGCCGUGGAAGGAAUUCUUCGACGCGCACUCGAGCAACAAGCUCGAGGGACGUACGUUCGAGGACAGCACGAUCCAAGAGAGAUACGACAGCGAGGCCGGCGAAGAAUGGAAGGACAGGCUGACUGCCAAGGUGGAGGGCAAGGAAUACGUGCCGGGAGAGAGGACGAAGAAGACGGCGCCGGCGAGGACGGCAGCCAAGGCCGGUGGGACCCCGGCUCUGACGGGCAGCCGCAGUGGGACGCCCAACCCGCUGAGCAAAACGGUCAGCAACUCGUCGUCGGCGGCGGCAGCAGCGCUGGGGUCGCGCUCCGCGAGCCCGUCCGUGGGCACGGCGGCGAUGAGCAAGAAGGCGCAGAACGAGGCAUUCUUCGCGCACAUGGGCGCCGAGAACGCCAGCCGGCCGGACGACUUGCCGCCGAGCCAGGGCGGUAAGUACAGCGGGUUCGGCAGCGACUGGCCGCCGCCGCCGGCCAAGCAGACGAGCUAUGGGAUGCCGAACGCGGAGGAGUUCCAGCGGGACCCAGUCGCGGCGCUGACGAAGGGAUUCGGCUGGUUCAGCGCGGGGGUGUCGAAGGUGGCAAAGGACGGGCUACAGAAGCUCUCCGAGGCCGACAUAGCCAAGCAAGCGCAAUCAGCCGCCGCCUCGCUCGGAACGACAGCGUACAGCACCUUCCAGCAAGGCUCCAAGGGCGCCACCGAGGCCUUCAACCGCUUUGUCGAGGGCGACGACGGGUCACACACCAACGGCAACAACUCGAGCCGGAUCCAGCCCGACGCCGACAAGCGAGCCUUCUGGGACUCGUUUGCGGCGGCGGGCGAGGAGCGCGCGGCCGCGAAGAAGAAGGUGGAGCCGGAACGCAAGGACUUUUGGGACGAGUUCAGCAGCGUGGGCGAGGCGAGGGCCAAGUCGCAACAGGCGAACAAGACAAAGAGCAGUGUGGGCACGGCAGCGAUGGCGAGGCGGAAACCGGCAGAAAAGGAGAAGAAGGAUGACGAGGCGUGGGGCGACUGGUGAAGACGCAACGGCACUGGGCCUGUCAUGGCCCGGCGACGUCUCUCUCUCUCUCUCUCUUUUUUUUUUUCAAUUUUUUUUUCUUUGGUGGGUGUCAGUCUUUGACGAUGUACGUCCUUGCAGCGUGGCACGGUAACGAAAGCGUCGUUGUAUAUGAUUUAUGGCUUGGAUGAGCGCGGCGACACAAGACAAUAGAAGCUGGUCAUCUUGAGACGAACUCUUUCUGCGCCGUGGCGAACACGUAGAAGAGCGCGACUCGAGCAGCGUUGGGUUCCGACGGGCGUUGCCAGCGCUGGGCGAGGCCCAGAGCAAGGCUGCGGCGCCGACGAGCACAGCAAGCCCGGCAGCGUGAGGCGCGACCGCGGUUGCGAGACCGUUCGCGCCCACUUUUGCCUGUGGCGCCGAAUCCCUGCGGCGCAUCGACGUCAUCAAGGACGGACAAGCGUCUGCCGUCAAAGGCCAGGACGACGCUGAAUGGAAC